CCAUUUUAGAGAUAGAAGCUCUGAAAACACUUCACAACAUCUACCAUUCACGCACUUGAGCUAAGGAGGAAGAAGGAGGGGAAAAGAGAAGAGAAAAGUUGACUUUGGAGAGGAAAACUUGUGUUUAACAAGGUAAUUACUCCAUUAAUCCCAUUUCUUGUUCUUCAAUCCUCUUAUAUGAUUAUUCAAUCAUAUUUCACACCCUUUUAUUGUUCUAAACGUUUGGAUGUGUAGAAAGAGGGGUUGGAAGGUAGUUCUAAGUCCAAGAACGGGCUGAGAAGCCAAAGUGACCGGUUCGCCGCAAAAUAACCUUUUUGAGGUUAUUUGUAUUACUAUGGGUUUAUGAUGAUAAAACCUUGUUAGUAACUUGUCUAUGGUAUUCAAGGAACUUUCACGGAGUUGAAAGGGUCGCCGGAGUUGUCGCCGGAGUUCGUUGAAGUUCGCCGAAGUUUCGUCGGGCCUAAAUCGGGAGGGCUAGAACUUCAUAAGCUCCAUUAAGGUUAAGGCUAGAGUCCUACUACCUGCACCUUUUCCUAGGGUGAUCAUUCAAGGAGGAAGACGUGGUUCGUGCUUCCAUUCGUAUUUGAAAUUUAUAAACUGCUCAUGGAUAUUUGAAUAAUGUUUUCCUUAAAACGGUUGGGGGCCUGCGUGCCCGUGUUUGCCAUGUGUGGCUAAGUAUCAAACAUAUUAUUAUUUCCGCAUUUGUUUGAUUAUGAUAUUGAUGUUGAUUAUAUGUGUUUACUAAUCGGUUUGGCAAUAGAAUCAAUCGGACGCCUUGUACAAUUCAAUAGGGAUGAACUGUUGUUGUUCUUAUCGGGUUGUACGGCGGUUGUCUACGUGGCUCGGAUGCAGUCCGGGGCGUGACACAUCUUAUAUCUAUGUGUUGGUCUAUGUGGAUGACAUCAUUGUUACUGGUUCUACACCAGAUUUGUUACGCUAGACUAUUGACUCAUUGGCCCACCAGUUCUCUAUCAAGGAUUUAGGAGCCUUACACUACUUCUUGGGCAUGCAGGUUACUCCUACACAUGGUGGACUCUUUCUUGAUCAACAUAAAUACAUUAAGGACUUAUUAAAAGUUUUAAAAAUGGAUGAGGCUAAUCCUGUGGCCACACCGUUAGCUUCUUCUGCCUCCUUAACUCUAUUUGACAGUUCAGGCUCUUUUGAUGCCACUCUCUAUUGACAGGUCCUCGGGUCUCUUCAAUAUUUGAAUCUCACUCGCCCAGGUGCUGCCUUUGCUAUUAACAAAUUGGCUCAAUUUAUGCAUAAACCUACGGUUAAUGUAACACCUCGGCCCCGUAGGCCCCGAGGUAGUUACUUCGGUCCUCUAGUACUGUCCUCACAAACUGCCACUAGCAUUUUCCGCGCACUUUGUCUUCACUCGUGCGCGCCCUGAGAAACUUCCCAGGGGGUCACCCAUCCCAAGACUACUCCCGUGCAAGCACGCUUAACUUUGGAGUUCUUGGCUAAUGAGCUCCCUUAAAAGGAGAUGCACCUUGUUGCACCCCCUACUCUCCGUGCCUUUGUUGAUGCUGAUUGGGCGGGGAAUCCUAAUGACCGUUCAUCUACCAGUGCCAAUGCCAUCUUUCUCGGGGAGUCUCUUAUAUCUUGGAGAUUAGUGAAGCAGCGCACUAUUGCUAAGUUCUCCACGGAAGCAGAAUAUCGAGGUCUUUCCACCGCUGCCUCUGAAACUAUUUGGAUCGAAUCUCUAUUACGUGAGUUGCGGUACCCACUUCUUUCUCCUCCACUCCUCCUGUGUGACAACAAGGGUGCUACUACAUCUUCAGUCAAUCUUGUCUUCCACUCCCGCAUGAAACAUGUAGCUAUUGAUUUUCAUUUUGUUCGACAACGGGUUCAACGUGGCCUUCUUGAAGUGCAUCAUAUCCCAUCUUCUGCUCAGAUAGCUGACUCCCUCACCAAACCACUUCCCCGACAUAGCUUUAUCCUUCUUCGAGACAAGCUCAGGAUUCUUGGAAGUGAUAGAAUGCCUGGCUUGCGGGGGUGUAUAGAAGGAAAUAAAUAAUUGACAUUUAAGGCAUAAUAUUUCAUUUAGC